AUGCCUGCAAAGAAAGUGGGCUCUUCCUAUUGCCAAAAUAUCGGGCAUAAUGUCAAAGCCUCCAAACGGUUCGACCCAAUGGUGAACAUGUGGGUUUAUGAAGAGAUGAUCGAUGGGAAGAAGCUAACAGAGAUCAUUAAUACUGAGCACCAAAAUGUCAAAUAUCUACCAGGUCACACGCUGCCCAGGAAUGUGGUCGCUGUUCCAGACAUCUCAGAAGCCGUCAAAGGAGCGAAGAUCCUGGUCUUUGUAAUCCCUCACCAGUUCAUCAGCAAGCUGUGUGAUCAGAUCAAACCCCACAUCUCAGAGGGAACCACGGGAUAUCGCUCAUCAAAGGUAUCGAUGAGGGGACCAGAUGGACUGAAGCUCAUCUCUGACAUCAUCCGAGAGAAACUGGAGAUAGAGGUCAGCGUCCUUAUGGGGGCCAACAUCGCCAGCGAGGUCGCAGAUGAGAAGUUCUGUGAAACCACCAUCGGGGCAAGAAAUGAAGCAAACGGCCACAUCUUCAAAGAGCUGCUUCAGACUCCCAACUUCCGCAUCACUGUGGUGAAGGCGAGUGACACAGUGGAGCUGUGUGGAGCUCUGAAGAAUAUCGUGGCAGUAGGAGCUGGAUUUUGCGACGGGCUGGGUUGGGACAAUACCAAGGCGGCGGUGAUCCGGCUGGGUCUGAUGGAGAUGGUGGCCUUCGCAGAGAUCUUCUGCAAGGGCCCGGUGAGCUCCGACACUUUCCUGGAAAGCUGCGGCGUGGCCGACCUCAUCACCACCUGCUACGGGGGACGGAACCGCAAAGUGGCGGAGGGCCUUUGUCCCGCACGUCCAAGGCUGUCUAUUGUUGAGCUGGAGGCAGAAAUGCUGAACGGGCAGAAACUUCAGGGCCCGCAAACAUCUGCCGAGGUCUACAAGGUCCUAAAGAAGAAGGACAUGGUUGACAAGUUUCCAUUGUUUUCUGCAGUGUACCUGAUCUGCUUUGAGGGCAAAGAGGUGAAAGAGUUCAUCACCUGUCUGCAGAACCAUCCAGAACACAUGUGAUGGGUCUGCACAACUGCAAUAGCAACUGAAAACCACUGGAGGGCGGAAGAGAUUCAUCCAAUGAAAUGCACAAUAGAGCAAGGGAAAUACAACCAAUGGCACUUUUUGAAAACAUUUUUUAUUGGUGGACAAUUUUAAAGCUUAAAAAUCACAUUUUAAUGUCAUUUUAUAAAAUGUUUUCAGUUAUUCAUUUGGCUGGAAGUGUCAGGUAAUGAAAUACAGAGCUCUUUUUUGAAGGCUGACCACUAAACUAUCUGUUCUAACCAAAAACAAAAUCAGGAUUUUGUAUAGUAACUUUUCACUACAUGACAGUUAGUUUACAAAUUGAAUCUCAGGGUAUAGUUAUUUUCUCAAUAAAAUGAAUUUGGGAGAAUUU